AUGGACAGCGGGCUCCAGCAAGCUCCUUUCAAUACUCUUGUUCAGAAGGCGCAAUCACUGAUAGAUCCCUCUGUCACGGUCCUCUCGCCGACCACGGAACGCAACCCCUCGAAAUCAGUCCUUUUCCGCCACCAAUUUCGCCUUCCUGACUCGCAAUCCCCCCUCCAUGAAAUCAGCGCAGAACUAUUUAUUCCUGCUGCACACACGAUAUCUACAGAGCCAUCUUUCGAGUCCAAAGAGAAUGGAACAAAGUACGCGGGAGAGCUUCACCUGAGCGAGAGCUUUCUUUGCUUCUCUACGCAGCGGACCAGCUUUCUUCCCAAUUCGAGUUUCAGCGCCUCCAGCAGCUUUACGGGACAGACGCAUGGGACUGGACCAGCAGGAAAUGGCUUUACCUUACCACUCUGCGCUAUCAGGCGUGUGGAGAGAAUGAAGAGUCAGAGUCACGUCUUCUCUCUUGCAUUGACAACAUGGAACGGGAUGCUUAUUCCAUCUAGUGGCAAGGAUACACCGACGGUACCCCCUCAAAAGCUCGUGAUACACCUUGAUGGCAGCCAACACGCUUGCGAGAGAUUCUGUGACGGCCUGAAGAAGGGUUUGAGGGAAGGUACCAAAGAAGUCGAAAGUCUACGAACCGUGGUCUCCCACUGCUACUCUGAAUACCUGCUCGAACGCCUCCUGGGUCCAAGUCGAGGCAAUGAAAAGGAAGACGCACACAGGAGAGAGCCACCUGACGCUGGAUUAGGAAUGUUGUUUCGGUACCCUGGAGAUGCGAGAAAGCUUCGGGAUAGGAGUAAGAUGAGGUUGUGGGGCGAAUACUUCAGGGAGAACGGGCGCAAUGCGACUCUGGUGCGGCAGCCUACCUUUCAUAAGUUGAUUCGCGUAGGGCUACCCAACCGAUUGCGCGGCGAAAUAUGGGAGAUCUCUUCUGGGAGCCUUUACAUACGGAUGAGAAGUCCAAAUUUGUACGCCGAGACUCUAUCCAAGCACUCUGGAAAGGACUCCCUGGCUAUCGAGGAGAUAGAGAAGGAUCUGAAUCGAAGUUUACCAGAAUACCCGGGUUUCCAGAGUGAAGAAGGCAUCGGAAGGCUGAGGCGGGUUCUCACAGCUUACAGCUGGAUCAACGAAGAGGUCGGCUAUUGCCAGGCCAUGAAUAUAGUGGUGGCAGCUCUUCUAAUCUAUCUGUCGGAAACACAAGCAUUCUUUGUCUUGUCUGUGCUGUGCGAUCGGCUCCUCCCCGGCUACUACUCUAUCACGAUGUACGGCACGCUGCUGGAUCAGAAAGUCUUCGAAUCGCUGGUCGAGAAAACAAUGCCUGUUCUAUGGGACCAUCUGGUCAAGUCUGAUGUGCAGCUUUCGGUCGUCUCGCUUCCUUGGUUCUUAUCCUUGUACAUCAACUCUAUGCCCCUUGUCUUUGCCUUUCGAGUCUUGGACGUCUUCUUCCUCGAAGGUCCGAAAGUUCUCUUCCAGAUCGGUCUUGCAAUUCUCAGGAUCAAUGGAGAGGAGCUCUUGGAUGUUAGCGAUGACGGAUCAUUUAUCUCCAUUCUGAAGUCUUACUUUUCACGCCUUGACGAAUCCGCUCACCCGAAAUCAGAGAAUGAGAAGCUUCGAGCAAUCACGCGGUUUCAAGAGUUAAUGGUCGUGGCUUUCAAGGAAUUUGCUGCUGUGACGCACGCCAGCGUGGCCGAGCAGAGGGCCAAGCACAAGGAUGCCGUGCUGGAGAACAUCGAAAGCUUUGCGAAACGGACUUCGAUACGAAACCUGGGGCCCGAAAGCAAGAAAUUAGCGGUAAAGGACCUUGGUGCGGUGUAUGAUCGCUUCUAUGAGAUCUUAUACGAGCGGCAAGCAAAAGACAAGGCAGCAGACGACGAACAGAAGAGGAAGGAAAGACAAAAGCUUCGGCCCAAAUUCCUGUCGGCCAACCCAAUGGUCUCGCAGGAGAACGACAACCGACCUGGCAGAGUUGGCAUGGGUCCCUCACCUUCAAUCAUGGACUACACCGACUUCCGGAACUUCUUGGCCAAGACCGCCAAAUGGGCUGUAUCUGAUUCACCUGCCUCCCCAGUGAGGGCAGAUCAGCUCAAUUCCACCCAGCGGCAGCGGCGCAAGUCUGCUUCGGCAUGGAAUGACAAUGCAGAGCCCGCAGACCAUGACUUCAUGCAUCGUCUCUUCAGGCAUUGGGACGAAAGCAAGCAGGGAGGACUCUCCCUCCAGAAUGUAGUCAAUGGACUUGCCAGAUUAAAAGGCACCGGAGAUAUAAUGGCAACGAUCAGCUACUUUUUCAACCUCUUUGAUGAUCAAGGCAACGACAGAGUCGACCGGGAAGGAAUUUUGAGCAUGUCAGAAGCACUUCUUUUUCUCUCUCGAAGGGGGUUUGAGGGAACGCUGACUCCAAGCGACUCGUCCAAUGCAGUGGAUCAGCUGGCGUCAGCGACCGAGCCCGACGCCAAAAGAGAUACCACGAAGCUCAGCACAAGUGAGCGCUUUCUCGGCAGUGUCAGUGCGUUUAUACGACGAUGCUUUGAGUAUGCCGACCCUGAUCACCCUGCCAAUCACAAGGAGAACACCUCGACUCUCACUCAAGAAGUAGAACAAAGGGUAGACAGAUUCGCCAUUGGGGACGAGGACGAGGACGAGGACGAAGAUGAUCUUCUUGAAUUCCUCGAAACGCGUGCAAACUCGAAACGUCCAGUUCCCCAAACUGUUGUGUCCCCAGUUCCUGUCUCUUCGGACCCUCUCCGUGAUCCUACACCAUCAUGCUCGCCUCCAUUGACCGCACGACCGACAGUUCAGGCAUCUAACUCUAAUAAUGGCAGCUCACAUUCAGAAACCCGUGCCGCAUCACACAACCUUGCCCUUGACCCCGAAAAUCCCCUCCACAUCACCCUACCCACCUUCCGGAUGGUCAUCCUCGCCGACGAACUGCUCGAGCAGUUCUUCGAAUCCUUCUUCCCCCAAUCCUUCCACCUCUCCGACGCGCCGAACCUCAACGCAGCCAGCUCUCUCACCACCUUCACCAGCCUGGGCACGCCGGUCAAAAACCUCAUGACCGGCAGCUCAACCGACAAGGAAGGCUUCGUCCACGUCGGCCGGGCAGGCGGGGUGGUCGAGCCCGGCAGCCGCGGUCUCAGAGGCGUGCUCGACAACAUCGUCAACGAUGGCAUGAGGAUGGCGGCCGAGAUGCGCAAGAGGAUGGAUGAAGCACAGCGCGAUCACGAUCGGAACAAUAACAACAACAACAACAAUCUCGCCCACCGACGGGAGGAGGAGGAUGAAGACGACGAGUUUGACGAGAAGGCGCCGGCGAGACGCGAUCAGGAUCUCCUGGAGGGUGCCGAGGUGGCGAGCAUCAAGACGAUGAGGAGCGAUACCGCGGCGACUUUGCAGCCGGAUUUGAUGGGUGGAGAGAUGAAGUUGGGAGGUGAGCAGAUGGCGCAGUGA